GAGGAAGUGCUGCUGGCCGGGAAUGUCGUCGUCAUAAACCAAAACAAGCAGAUGCAAAAACCGAAUAACCUCACUCGUCGCCCUUACCUGGCAUAGGUUUAUGUUGAAGAAAAUGUUUUUCAGUCAAAGCAAGUUUCUUACAUGCUGUAAACACAGACCAACUUCAUAGCUUUGGGCCAAAAUCUAGUAUGGACGUUGAUGACUGCAAUGGCCAGUCUUACAUGUCAGUUAGUGGAGACUCCUCAACCGAAAGAGAGUUUUCAGGGGGCCUCGGUGGUCCGACAGUAAGCACCCCAAACAGUAAGGGACCGUCACCUCACCGCUCUCUCAGUGCAAAUUCCAUUAAAGUAGAGCUGUACAGUGAUGAAGACCCUGGUCCUAGUAACGAUGAUGAGCGAGUGGAACGUGUUGAGGAAGGAGGUCUGGAUCACGGAACUGAGGCACCUGGUUAUAGGGAGCUUGCCAAUCAUGACAAUAUCAGACUGCCCAAUGGAAAGCUUAAGUGUGAUAUCUGUGGAAUGAUCUGCAUCGGACCCAAUGUUCUCAUGGUUCACAAACGCAGCCACACAGGUGAGCGGCCAUUCCAGUGUAAUCAGUGUGGUGCCUCCUUCACUCAAAAAGGAAACCUUCUACGUCAUAUCAAGCUGCACUCUGGUGAGAAGCCCUUUAAAUGUCCUUUGUGCAACUAUGCCUGCAGAAGAAGAGAUGCACUUACUGGCCAUCUUCGCACUCAUGCUGUAUCCUCUCCAACUGUUGGGAAGCCAUAUAAGUGCAGCUACUGUGGUCGCAGUUAUAAGCAACAGAGCACCUUGGAGGAGCACCUCGAACGCUGCUACAACUACUUACAGAGCGUGGAGUCAAAGCGGCCGAGUAGUGCUCAGCAUCUAGGAGAGGAGAUGAGGGAGAUGGAGUACAUACCAGACUCCCCACUUCAUGCCUCCUCAGACAAGAUGGCGUUUAUUGAUCGGCUCGCCGGCAGCGUCACCAAGCGCAAAAGAUCCAUGCCACAGAAAUUUGCAGGACAGAAGCACAUACAUCGUGGAAAUGCACCUUAUGAGCUUGAUGCUGAUUUGGAUAAAGAUGGAGACACGCAUCCUGGAGACUUGGAAGCUCUACAUGUUCCUGGAGGAGAACUUGCUGGGGUAGCUGGCAGUGGGGGAAGUGGGGGGAUGGCAGACACACUGCAGCCUCUCCAUCUCCCCACCACUCAUCCUUCAUGUUUAUCCGAACUUCGAUCCAUGCACAGUGCCACUUACGCGUCGGGCGCGCUUAGCCUGAGGCUAGACUGCCCGGUAGCGAGUCACGGGGCCGUAGGAGUGGGGAGAAGGGAGGUGGCGGAGGGCCAUGAAGAUUUGCCCGUGGGUAGAAGUCAAGCAACCUCCCCCAGCAACGGUUGCCAGGACUCUACGGACACAGAAAGCAUGCCUGAUGAGCCUUGCAACAGCACAGCUCUUGGUCCGACCCUGCACAAGAACAAUGGGCAUCAUCUCCACAAUGCGGGUCCUCCUCCGCACUAUAAGAUUUGGGACACACAUAGCCCUGGCAACACCAAAGACAGGGAGGUGAAAAGAGAGGAUGGAGGUCACCACGCGCCCCCUCCAUCUGGCCCUGCCCCGACGCCCAGUUCACCUACGGCCCCCUCGUCCACCUCGAGGGAGACUCUGCGAGUGGUGGACGGCGAGGGGCGAACAGUGCGCCACUUCCGCUGCGACCACUGCCGCGUGCUCUUUUUGGACCACGUCAUGUUUACCAUCCACAUGGGUUGCCACGGAUUUCGCCAGCCUUUCGAGUGUAACAUCUGUGGCCACAGGAGCCAAGACCGCUAUGAGUUUUCUUCGCACAGUGUACGCGGUGAGCACAUCCUGGAUUGAGGAAAAGUUCAGACGAGCUCUGCCUGGCUCGGUUUGGUCUGCACAGCACAAAGGAAACAUAUUAUCCAUCAUAAUGCACUUUGAAAAUGUCUUUUACACGCACUUUCCCAUCCACACAUGUGCCUUGCGCCCAAAUUCAGGAUUCCCGCCUGAUGCACAUACUGUGGUUGACCAAUCUGACCUGAAACCUCUUGAGCACUUUAACUGAUUCAUCCUAAAAGGUAAAAUGUGAAGACAUUUUCCUCUUUAAAAGAAAUGGCCCUUAGAACCUCAUAUUAACAUUCACUAUCAAGCUCUUAGUCCUUGUUCUGAGUGCAGACCAAAUUCCAGAGCCAGGUCAAAGUCCAUGAGACUCGUUUAAAAAAGAUGUCUGUGAAUUAUGAAUGCACUUUUUGUUUUGUAUCAAGUGGUGGUGUGAUAGAAGUGAGUACGUAUUUGAGAUGCCCUUCAAUUUUUUGGAGUUAGCUAGAAAGUGUUGUGUGCAAUGAAGGCCUUUACUUGGACGACUUGACUUGUGUUUUCGUGUGUUUUCAAUGAUUUGUUCUAUGACUGCUUAUGUUGCACUGAUAUUUGCCAGAAUAUCCUGAUUAAACUGUUUUACAGAAUAAAAAUAAAAUGAGGAAAAAUGUCACUGCCGCUGAGGGUGGUGGGUCUUUAUGAUCCUAAUUAGUGAAAUCUGUGAAAUCAGAAAUUCAGUUGCAACUCUGCUGCUAUGUUUGUAUUGUGCCUUCCCUUAUCGUAAUUAGAAUUCAAUGCUAAGAGCUAAAGCUAUGAACUAACAAUCAUCUCAAAAAUAAAUUUAUGUCAGUUACCAAAGAAUUUAAGAUCAUAAGUUGUGUCAAAAUACACGUAGACAGGAUUCUUAUAGAUCUCUAAAAGGUGAAAAAAAAAUCCCAGUUAAAAGAUUAAAUCUGAAAUUGGAGAGGUCACGGACAAGUUUUGUUUUCAUUUUUAGAAGGGUGUUGUCCCUCUUCAAAGUUUUUACGGUAACAUGACGUCAAUUUUGAAGGGUAUGCCAGAACAAGCGAAGGUUUAUUAUUAUGACUGUUUUUGCACCUCUCAAGCUAGUCCUUGCAAAAUAUUAAGCACAAAUAUAUCCAGCCAAGAAAUGACAGUCCAGCAGCAAUUGCAAGAAAUGAACCAAUUCAAACCUCACAAUCAUCAUUUUUUGUAAAUAGACUUACAUGUUCGUGUGUAUUUUCUUAACCUUUGUAAAAGUGAAUUUACUGAUUAAUGCCCAAAAUGGUGGGAAUUUUUUUUUCGUUUUGAUUCCAAGUGAAGUGGACAUUUUGCCAUUUUAUUGUGAAAAGUACUCUAUGCUACCUGCUAUGUUGAACAAGACAUGACUACGAGAAGUUUUUACCAGCUUUAAAUAUUGUAAAUCAGUUGAGCUUUAUGCUUGUUACAUGUGGACAAUAUGAAGUUGUCUGUAUAAACCUAGAUGUGAAUGAACAAGUGCAAAGAUUCCAGAUCAAUUCCAAAUGGAAGGCAAACAAAGCUUCACUAUUAUCAUUUUCAUGUCUAGCUUUAUUUACCUAGUGAUCAGACGAUUUUACCAAGAAAUGUGUUCUCUGCUUAAUACUUGCUGUGGUAACUACUGGAAGGGGCCUACGUGUUAAAGAUGUGCUGGUGUGCUUCCUGUAUCUAGUAGAUAUUGUGCCUUCAUUAUAGUGUUUGCAACUAUUCACCUUGUGCUUGCAGUCCAGCUUCGUGACCUGCUCACCACCAGCUUUCCCCUUGCUAGAAGAUUCCCACCUUUUAAACCCAGAUGCCCAUAGGAUAUAAUGCUGCUGCUACGAGCCAAAGAAAACUCCCUGCAGACAUUAAACCUUUGCUGGCUUUGUCGAUUACCAUUUAUAAAAGAUCAUUUAAAUGAGCUAUUGGAUAGCACCUAUCCUCCUUGAUGCAUGUCCUACCAGUUAUCAGCCCCACAAGGGUGUCUGCAAAGUCUUGAGCACAUCACAUUUUGAGUUUUAUCUGAAUUUUGCAAAGCACAUUAAAUUAUGCAUUGAAAAUGUUGGAAAACAUGUUGAAAAUAUUCAAUUUUACAAUUUAACAGUUACUCAUUUUACCAUGUAGCCAGACUUUACGGACACUCUCUACUUGUUAAAAGUUUUAAUCCCUUGGGUUUUUGUAAUCCUCACAGCCUGUAAAUGACCUGGUAUCACUUUUAAUUAAUGCAAAUUCUUAAAUGUAACAGACAGUUAUGCAUUUCAGUACUUGGAUCCUAAUUACUCUAAGUUUUGUACUGUAAGGCUUUACUCCAAAUAAAAAAAUCACCUAUUAA